AUCCGCACACCAUUCGUUUAGCUUGCGUCUGUCUUAUAUCCGGCCAGGACCGCAGCAAUGGACAUCAGAGCUUGGGCAACAGAGACCGCGCGACACGCUAUAACGCCUGCGAACGAAAUGGAAGACUUAGAUAUGUCUCCUACGGCGGUUCACAUCUUCGACAAGAGGCAAACCACUAUUAACCCCGAAAGUACUUUUUCCCAGUUCCCAGAAUUCCCUUUCGACGUGCUCUUCGAAAUUGCAACAUGGCUAGAACCUCUAGAUCUCCUUCACCUAACGCGUAUCUCCAAAUCUUUCUAUGAGGUCUUCGCUUCCAAGUCCUAUAUGAAGUUAUGGGAACGAGUUAAUAAGAACGUCUGCAUGCUGCCGCGUUGUCCGCCUCAUCUAAACAAUAUGCAGUUCAUUUCUUUGCUGUUUGAGGACCAUUGCCAGGGAUGUGGCGCGGACAAGAAUUGUAAGACUUCUUACGCGCUCUCUGUGCGUUACUGUGAUUCAUGCUGGCGUGAACGCAUUCGUCCUGGUAGGGAACUGAUAAUUGAAUUCAAACUCGGGAAGUUGGACAAUAGCAUCUUCCCGUUGGUCCCUCGGCAAAUCCCCUUUGAAAGAGUUGUCGAUCUUGCCAAUAUUUUACCCUCACCUUCAACAAAUACUCGUCACCACCACUAUCUGAAAUCCCAAGUUUUUCAAGUAGGACAACAAUUGAAACUGCUGACCAUUGAUUCGGAUGAAUACAAGGACUACGUGAAGUCUCGGAAGAAAAUCGCCCGCGAUGCUUAUAAGUUUCAUAUGAACAUACAACCCUUUGCACGAUGGUAUCAGAGCACUCGAGAAUUUGAACGAAAGCGGCUCAUAGAGAAUAGAGAAAGAGCCAUAAAUAUCCAACUUCGCACUUUAGGAUACCGCAAGACCGACUUCCCUGUUCAUGAACCUUCUUGGCAACGGUUAGUGCUGAAGCCUCAGGCGUUGACAGACACCGUCUGGUCCGAAAUCCGACAAGAGCUCACGGACGUUAUCGAACAGAAUCUGAAUCGUAAACGGGAGGCUGAACGACAAUUCCGACUGGUGCAAGUCGCGCAAGGCCUGAAAACUUCGUAUGAGAAAUAUUGGGCAACGAAAAUGCCGAAGGAGCAACUACCAUUCAUGCCACCCCCUGGCACAGACCUUCGUUCUAUACCUUCAAUCAAGGACGCUCUCUCGCCGGAGGAGAAGCUUCCGAUCUUGAAAAACCGAUUCAAUGAGCUGCUAUCGAUGAUUGUGGAGCACACUCGAAACUUAAGGGAGUGUGUUGAAGAUGAGCUAGUUGCAGACUUGCGGGCCAUACAUGACUUCAAGACUAAGAACGACGACAAAGUUCUCAACUCGAGUAUCAGUCUCUUCCAAUGUGGACUUAACUGCCGGCCUGAGUGGAGCCCGGAGUUUCACACCUACUAUGACUUCUUCAAGCAUCCUUGCGCACUAGGUAAGACGACUCAUUGGACUAAGAGGCAGCCAGUCGUAUCGCAUGCCGCUGUUGAGACGGCUAAGGCUUUGCUCGAUGCACUUGGUAUACCUGUCGACACACCAUGGGACAAAUUGCCAUCAAAGUUACUGUGCAAGUGCGACGAACCUUCGGUACCAAGGCCGGCAACAUUCGCUCAAAUGGUGUCGCAUCUCGUUGCAGAAAAUGAUCGAUACAACGAGAUGGUAAAUGCAAUGCCUGACGAUUUGGACUACUUGCCGAGGCUACGUAACGAGCACAAUCUCAAGCCCGAAGAGGGAGAAGAUAUCUGUGUCAGUGUUGUUCAGGUAACCCGGAAGAGUGCCAAGAUGCCAGGAAAGACUUCAAAGACUACUGCUAAGAGGACAACGGGGCUGAUGAUACUGGCUAAGGGGACCAGAUCACGACCUAGGGCAUAGGACUUGUUCUACUCUAGAGGUCUUCCCGUAUGUACAUACCACUCUAAAUGCGAAUACUAUGGUGGCGCACUGGAUCAAUUCAGACACG